AGCACCAAUUAGUGCAAAGGAAAAGGUUGUUGUGGUACUUUUAGUGAGUCAAUUCAUACUAUAACAAGUGUCAUUUAUGCUAUAAAACAUUCUUAAAAAGUUCUUUUAGUACUCUUAAUAUGAUAUAAUUUUCAUUUUAAAUAAUUAAGUUAACCAUAUUUUGAUAUUGUGUGGUAAUAUCAUGCACUUCCCUUUGCAUAAAUAGUAAAAGUGGCAAAUGAUAAGUGUUAUUACAUUUUAUUUAAACAAAUAUUAUUAGAAUAAUUGUUAAGACAUUGUGUUUACAAGAUAUGCUUAACAGAAUUCACUGGAAUUUGUUGGUAACUUUCCAAAAUGUUCACAAAAAUAUAAACUUGCUCUUCUUGUUUCCUGAGUGGCCUUGAGGACCAGUUCCAGCUAUAGCAAAUAAUGUCUCCCAGUUCAACAGCAAUGGCUCUCAAGUACUUAUCAGGAUUUGGAAGUGAAUUUUCAUCUGAAGAUCCAAGAUGCCCCAACUCUCUUCCCCAGGGUCAGAAUAACCCACAACAAUGUCCGUAUGGCACUUACGCUGAGCAGCUGUCUGGCACAGCCUUUACAGCACCAAGGCUGGAGAACAAACGCUCAUGGCUGUACAGAAUUAGGCCUUCAGUAAUGCACACCCCAUUCGUACCAGCCAGCAUCAACAAUGUGUCUGAUGACUGGAAGAAUCGGGCACCCAAUCCUAAUCAGCUUAGAUGGCUACCAUUUGCACUGCCUGUGGGUAAAGCUGUGGACUGGGUUGAGGGACUGCACACGAUCUGCGGGGCUGGAGACCCAACCGUCAGAUCAGGGCUUGCUAUCCACGUCUAUCUCUGUAAUAGAUCCAUGGAGAACAAGUGCUUCUACAACUCUGAUGGGGACUUCUUGUUUGUUCCUCAACAAGGGAAUCUAAAACUCAAGACUGAAUUUGGAAUAAUGAAUGUGGAAGUCAAUGAAAUUUGUGUUAUACAACAAGGAAUGAGAUUUUCAGUGGAAGUUGAAGGACCAUCCAGAGGCUACGUACUGGAAGUUUAUGACAAUCACUUCCAGCUCCCAAACCUUGGUCCCAUUGGAGCAAAUGGACUUGCCAAUCCUCGUGACUUCCUCACCCCAGUCGCAUGUUACGAAGAUUUAGAUGUGGAGUACACAAUAAUUUCAAAAUAUCAAGGCCACUUCUUUGAAGCAAAGCAAAACCACAGCCCAUUUGAUGUUGUUGCUUGGCAUGGGAAUUACGUGCCUUACAAGUAUAAUCUAUCAAACUUCAUGACGAUAAAUGCUGUUCAGUUUGAUCAUUGUGACCCAUCAAUAUUCACAGUUCUCACUUGCCCUUCGAACAAAGUCGGAACUGCUAUUGCCGAUUUUGUCAUCUUCCCCCCGAGAUGGUCAGUGCAAGAGCACACCUUCAGGCCUCCAUACUACCACCGAAAUUGUAUGAGUGAGUUCAUGGGUCUGAUCUAUGGCAACUAUGAAGCCAAGGAAGAUGGAUUUCUGCCGGGAGGGGCGAGUCUUCACUCCAUGAUGACACCUCAUGGACCAGAUGUCCAAUGUUUUGAGGCAGCUUCCAACGCUCCUCUCAAGCCAUCCAGAGUGGCAGAUGGCACCAUGGCUUUCAUGUUUGAGAGCUCACUCGGUUUGGGCCUGACGACCUGGGGUGAGAAAACCUGCAAUAAAAUUGACCCUGACUAUUAUAAAUGUUGGCAAGGACUGAAAAAGAACUUCAAACCUCAAUUUUCUGGAAAGUAAACCCAUCGUAAAUUUUACUACAUGGAGAUAAUACAAUCAAGUAAUUACUUAAACUUGAGAUAUUAUGUUAAACUGGUAUAUCAUAUUCUCUCAAUUAUAUUGAUACUCUAUUUAGAAGUUACAUAUUCUAGAACAUUUUAAAACAUAUAAUAUUUGUAAUGAUAUAAUGCAACAUGAUGCUAUAUGAUAAUGUUAUGAAAGUUUAUUUUAAUCUCA